AAAUUGAUAACAAUAGUAACAAUAUUGUAUAUAUCAUUUUAAUUUAUAAUACAAAAUGGCAUUACGAGUGUUAUCGUUAUUAUAUAUAAAUCGUACUUUUAUGAGAUAUGGAUUAACAAAAAGAUUUUUCGCAAAUACGGAUAAAGAAACUAAAGAAGAUGGUGAAAUAAUAGUAAGAAAAAUCAAAACUGAUUUGGUAUCUAAAGAAGAAAAAUUAGCUCAAGAAGCUAGAAAGGAAGCUGUAAUUAUUGUAUCAGAUGCUGAAGAUGUUGGUAUUUGUUCAGGAGUUCCAGAAGAACAUAUAAAGUCUCGUACAGUUCGUAUUUAUUGUCCUGCAAAAAAUGCUAUGCAGUCUGGAACAAAUAAUAUAAAUCAUUGGCAAAUAGACUUUGAUACACGUGAACGUUGGGAGAAUCCUCUUAUGGGAUGGACUUCAACUGGAGAUCCUUUGUCUAAUCUUCAUGUGGCAUUUGCUACAAAGGAAGAAGCUAUUGCACAUUGUAAUAAAAUGAAAUGGAAAUAUUAUAUUCAAAAUCCAAAUAUUAAUAAUCCUAAGCCUCGUAGCUAUGGUACUAAUUUUUCAUGGAAUAAACGUACCAGAGUUUCAACUAAAUAAAGAAUUAAUUUAUUAGAGAGAUUA